AUGGACAGAGACGACGCCAUCUCUAUCUCAGAUGACUCUGGCGACGAGCAGUAUGCCGACCGACGCGCCAUUCUCGAGCCUGCUAUUCGCAACGUCGUUGAUGCUCUCGGUGGAUACGAGGGGGAAUCAUACAGACUUGGUGAUGAAUGCUAUGGCUGUCUCAAAGAUCUCAAGAAGCUCUGGCGCAAGGACGACACGGACGACGACCGCACAGUCGCGCGCAUCUUUUGGGAGACGCGCCUGCUACCCAACGAUCUCAUUCCUAUCCUUCUGGAGACUGCUGGGAAAGGCCUUCUUGAGGACAAAUGCGCCAUUGCAUGCGCGGACCUUAUGACUGCAAUGACUUGGCCCAUCGACCUAGCGGAGGAGCUGAAGGAGCUGGAUGAUGACUACGAUAAAGGCGCUGAUUAUACGCAGCUCCUGCUCAGCCACCUCCAUUAUAAGGUUGCCGUGCUCAAACCUGGAGUCAUGCAGGCUCUGUUCGGCAUCAUUCUCCCCUGCCUUGCUAAGAGUUCAAAGGAGAGAAAGGAGAGAGACACCCAGGUCAUUAAUGUCAUCCUGUAUCUUAUUCGCAACCUCGCUUUCAUCAAGGACCUACCCGCCAACAUGCACACCAGCGCGGAUCAGGCCGAGUUCUCUUCGUUGCAGACACGCCUUAUCAAAAGCCUCUCUGACUCGAACGUGUUCGAUUUAUUGUUGACAAUUGCCUCGAAUGCGAACACGGAUCCAAUGUUCAAUAGUUGGAAUGCGCUCGUUCUGGAGAUAUUCUACCUACUCUUCCGCGGCAUACAGCCGUCCUCCUUAGCUAUAGACCAAACUCAGCAACCAGCCCAGAACCUCCAACGUCUCCUGGCCGUUGAGGACGAACGUAAGCGCAAUUUCGCUCGCAAAGCAACGUCACGCCACUCUCGCUUCGGCACGACAAUAUCUGUCCAACUAAACCCAAAGAAAGGGCAGCAAUCGCACAAGGAGGGAGACGCCAGUGGAAAUGCGAACGCGCCCGACCCUGAAGGAUCAUCGCGAGCGUUUGUGCUGCACCGUCAGCAAGCUAUAAACCGGGAGGCGGGAAGCUUGUUGGACUUAGCAAAACGGCAGAAGACGCAAAAAAGCAAGAUAAUUGACGAGCUUGGUCGUGACGAUAACCUCUCCCUCGAUGCGAAGCUCAUAUUGCAAAAUCUCGCGAGAACGUUCAUCGAGGCCUGCUUUAACCGGCAUGGUCCGAUUGACGCGUAUACGUUCGCAGCAUUCCUAGCUUCUCUGCUCAAGGAUAUCAGAGCGGAGAGGCCGAAGAUCACAGAGAAGGACAACCUUCGUCUGCUCUACGUGGCAAAAUGGUUCCUAGAUUUCUUUUUGUGCGUUCGGGCGAAAGAAGGGCCCGACAGUCCGUGGAAGUUUGGUCUCAUCGCAGAGGUCACUGAGCGCGCAUGGAUUGUAUGGGUCCUGAAGCGCAUGCGGGAAGCAGUCGAAGAAAAGCCGAAAUUGUGGAAUGAGCUACAAGCAGGCAUCGAGUGCCUCACGCAGCUUAUCCUCGUCAUCGAUAAUAUGUCCUCUUCUGGCGACGAGGACGUGAUUGACGCGGCAGAAGUUCUGCAGCAGCAGAUUAUCUAUAAUGGAGAGAUGCUCGACAUAGCCUUCGAGAGUCUACGCACGUACAAGGAAGGCACGCAAAGUCUCGCCUACCUGGAUUCCAGCGUAUAUUUGGCCUUUGCUCUAAUGCGGAUGGUCGAGCGAUGGGGAAAGAAACGUGGGCCGGGAGGCGAGAUGUAUGUUCGACGGAAAGCGAAAGCAAGGAGAAAGAAGAAAUCUGCUGCCGAAGGCGAAGGCGUGCCUGAUGUUGAUGAAGAGGAAGACAAUCGUGAGGACGAGGACAUCGUUCAUGAAACGAUGUUCACGUUCGAUAUGUUUCAGCAGAAAUUCGCGCACCCUGACAUCACGCAAACACUCUUGGCGUAUCUUGCGCGAUACAAGGAGAUCAGCUCCGCAGAGAAGAUGAAACGGGUCGUUAACCUGAUGCAUCGACAGGCUGUGAAAGCGAAAGCCGAAGGCCUUUUCUUCAAUGUAUCUACGUUGGAUCUGUUCAAGUCAAUUCUUGCCGACCAGAAGUCGCUUCCCAAGGGACAGCCAUACAAGGAUCUCGUCGACUUGAUCAAUUUCCUACUACGCAAGUUCUUCAAAGCAGUUGAAGAGGACUCCUUCUUAGUCGUCGAGGCGUUCUUCCCCAAGAAUAGGGGGCAUUGGAAGCAGUACUCCAGCUGGGAACCGGAGAAGAGCAUCAAAGAGGAUCGCCCCCUUGACGACAACAGGUUCCCGCUAGAAGUUCAGGUGAAGAAGGGAUACUCGUGGAGUGAACAGCUCGGAAUUGCCAUCGCCUGCUUGGUCGAAGAAGGCAAGCAAAGUCUGAUAGACUGGGUUAAGCAGAUUCUCAUGCUCACUAUCGGACAAAGACAGAGGAUCAUUGAAGAUACCGACGGGUCUUCGUCGGCCGUUCAAGACGUAUCUGACGGCGAAGGCGAUGUGUCCGACGCUGGAUCACCAACGCGAACCCGAGGUCCCUCCAAUGAAGCACUUGCAAAGUUUACUGACUAUUUGAUACCGUAUAUCAAUGACGAAGAAGCGAAUGCAGCAACCAAAGACUCUUACCUGAAGCUCGUAUUCCGUCUCGUGAAAUUUCAAGUCCUUGAUGAAAAACAACUGCUCACGCUCCCAAAAGCUGCUGACGAACUAGAGUGGUAUAUCCCUGCCGCCAUUCUCCCUGACGAUUUGCAGCGGAGCCUAAAUAUUAUCAAUCAGUUCCUCGAGAAGCCGUUAGACCUGGAGGGCAAAAAGGCUUCACAGCUCAUUAGCAAGAAACGGAAGCGAAGGAGACGACGCCGUUCUCCUUCGCCAGAUGCUAACGAAGAGUCUUCUGAGGAUGAGGUCCCAAAGAAAAAGAAAGAGAAGAAGAAGAAAGAAAAACAACAGUACAAGUCCGCUCAGUUCAUCGAGGACAGUGAUGCAGAGCUCGCCGACAUGGAAGCAUUCCUGGAGAAAGAGAAGGCGCUGCGGGAGAAGACUGCGAAGGCGGCAGCUGAAACAGGUCGUAUCGCAACGAUGAAACCGACAGGGACGAAAAAGCGUCGCAAGAAGGCGGGGGACAAUGGUACGGCAAAGAAGAGACGAAAAAGAGGGGGCAAUGCAGAGGUAACUGAGGCGGAGAAGAACCAGAGCGAUGGCAACGACUCGGAUGAGAGCGAGUUGAAUAUCUUUGGGUCUCCACCUCGAUCGCCAUCGACUGCGCAGACGUCCCCUGAAAUAGAGGAAGAACAAGUGAAGCCACGCCCUCGACCACGACCACGACCACGAGUUCAGGCCCAACCGUCAGCCUCGGACGAAGCCCAUGAAAACACACAAGAUGCAGUCAAGCCUCUAUCUCUUACAUCACUGAGUCCGUUGGACGAAGCUUCAGAUAGGGACCCCGAAGGCUCGCAUCGCGCAACAAUGAGCAGGAAGAAAGGACGUCUUCAGCUGGUCUUAUCGGACGAAGAGGAUGACUGA